CACGUAGUUCGUAGUUGCUUGUGUCAUGUUUCGCAGAGGUAUCUUUGCGCUCCUCCGCAUUGUAAACAAUGUGUCAAAAUUAAUAAUUAGGGAUUAAUUAUCUUAUCUUAAUGAUAGUGAAGUGAUAAUUAAUUGAUAAUAAUGAUAGCAAACGGACAGAUAGUGGGUGACGGCUCCUGGAACCUCCGGGUUUUAGUCACCGAUUUGCAAGCGGAGCGCCAACUCCGAGUAAAGAGCGACUUGCACAUCGGAGGAGUUAUGUUGAGGCUCGUCGAGGACUUGGAAAUCUCAAUGGACUGGUCAGACCAUGCCCUGUGGUGGCCUAGUAAAAACAUUUGGUUGGCCCGAACACGAUCCACCCUCGACCAAUACGGCGUCCAAGCCGAUGCCCUUUUACAUUUUACUCCCAUGCACAAGAAUUUACGGGUACAACUACCUGACUUGCGUUACUUGGACAUGAAAGUGGAUUUUUCUGUAAAAACUUUUUCGGCAGUUAUUCACUUGUGUAAAGACCUGGGUAUUAGGCAUCCGGAAGAAUUGUCGUUGUGUAAACCACUCGAACCUUGCCAUUUAAAAUACAAUUACAACUCGAUGCCAAAGAAGAAAGUUGAAAGUGUUGCGAAAAACGGCCACCCCAACCUUCCCCCAGACACGAACACGUUCAUCGCGAAUAGCAGUCCAGAUGGUAGCACCGGGAGUUUGGACAAGACUGGGUUCAUGUGUGCUCCGGUCACACCCUCGAAACUUCCGCCGUCGUCAACACCGGUCAGCACUCCUGUUGGAAAUACAGGAACAUGGGGACGUCAGGGAUUCAAUUCGGAGACUAAUGGUUAUUCGCCAAAUUUGACAACAAGUAUCAGUUCAGAACAAUUGAAUGGCAGUUACGACAGUUUUCUUGCCCAAACUCCACCUCCCCCAAGUCCUGAAGCUCGAAAACAUAUGAUUAGGCCGAAAUCACUUGUGGAGAAAGCGAGAAUGAAUGUAGCAUGGUUGGAUUCUUCUUUGUCAAUUAUGGAGCAAGGAGUCAGAGAAUACGAUACGUUAUGUUUGAGGUUUAAGUUUUACGUGUUUUAUGACCUAAAUCCCAAAUAUGAUGCAAUUCGAAUCAAUCAAAUAUAUGAGCAAGCUAGGUGGCAGUUGUUAAAUGAAGAAAUUGACUGCACUGAAGAAGAAAUGUUGAUGUUUGCUGCCUUACAGUUGCAAGUUAAUUUACAAGCUAAACAACCCCAACCUUAUUUGGAUAAUGGCAAUUUGUCUUCCCCCGUUGAAGACGACAUCGACGCGGCCUUAACCGACCUUCAAACAACUCUCGAGGGAUCAACCAUAAAUUCCUACGCCAACGACAUCACACAAGUGCCUGAAUUAACCGACGAAUUGCGAUUUUUGAAACCGAAAAGAUUCACAUUAAAAGCCUACAAAAGAUACUGGUUCACAUGCCGUGAUCUGCAUCUCUACCUGUACAAAUUCAAAACAGAAAUGAUCCACAGACAAAACCCGAUCCACGAUAUUAAUUUGCGCGGUUGCGAGGUCACUCCAGAUGUCAACAUUAGUCAAAAUAAAUAUGUAAUCAAAUUGGAGGUGCCGAGCGCCGAAGGCAUGUCUGAAAUGUACAUAAGAUGUAAUGAUGAAAAUCAGUACGCAAAAUGGAUGGCGUGUUGUCGAUUAGCAUCAAAAGGUCGGUCUCUCGCUGACAGCAGUUAUGAAUCGGAAAAACAGACGAUUUUGGAAUUCUUGCAAAUGCAGAGGCCGGCUGAUGAGCCAGCGAUUAAUCCCAGCAGUCUCGACCUCCAAACAGAAGAUUACAUCGCUCCGCGAUUUUUAAAGAAAUUUCGGGGGAAAAAUCAGCGAAUUUUGGAAGCACAUGCCAAUGUCAAAGAUCUUCCGCUGAUUGAAGCCAAAAUGAACUACAUCAAGGCGUGGCAGUCGCUUCCCGACUAUGGUUUAACUCUCUUUGUUAUCAAAUUUAUGGGAAGCAAAAAAGAAGAGUUGUUGGGAGUCGCCCCUACGCGUAUUAUGAAAAUGGACAUAACUACAGGGGAUCACCUGAAGACGUGGAGGUACAAUACCAUGAUCGCUUGGAAUGUCAAUUGGGAAGUAAAGCAUAUGAUGAUACAGUUCGAAGAUGGCAAUAUAAUGUUUAGUUGCUCGUCAGCUGAUUGUAAAGUCGUUCACGAAUUUAUUGGCGGUUAUAUUUUCUUGUCGACCAGAUCGAAAGAUGCGAGUCAAACACUAAACGAAGAACUCUUCCACAAACUGACGGGUGGCUGGUCAUAAGUAGUGCCUUACAUAUUAACGUGUCAAUUAUAACAAGAAAUUUUGUUGUAGCAACUUUUAAUCCGGUUAUUUGUUUACUGAUUAGCAUUUAUUCAGUAUUUGCAACAAUGAAAUGUCUAUGGUAAAGUUGUAGCCCGUUGAACCCUUCCAAAUUAUUGUUAUUCAAAUUUUAUAAAUAUUUUUACAAAUAAUGUUGCAAUAUCUAAUGACAGGUUGCACAGAAGCAGUUUUUGUUUUAAUAACUUUACUAAUUUUACUAGUCUCAUGUCACAUUUUAAGUGACCCAUUAAAAUCAGUUGUUCUGUUAGUUCUAGGACCUGUUCAUCAACCCGAGUAGCAAAGUGCUUCAUAAUUUUAAAUGUUAUUGUUGCAAUUUUACGCAUAUUCUGGAUAUUCAAAAAUUAUUUGUAAUUUUUGUGAAUAAAAAGAACAAAUUACAUCGAAAAUCAAACAAUUGUCCACUACAAAGAGAUAUUUAAUAAGAGCUUCACAUUUUAUAGGUAUUAUCCCUUUUACAUAAUUUAUUUCAAUCAAAGUCAAGGACGGAUCCAGUAGGUCCAAAUAAAAAAGUUAACAAAUUAAACACAUCUCUACAUUGAAAAAUCGACGUUACGAUCCUUUUUGUGGUAAUUAUUUUGCCACAUUAAAUUUUAGAGUGGACAGAUGCCUAUAAUUAUUAAGGUUCUAACCACUGGAGAUACCGGGUGUUUGUAAAUAAUUAUGAUACAAAAGCGUUUUGGCAACAAUGAUUGAUUAAUUAACUUUAUUCAUUGUUGCCAAUACACUUUUUUAUUUUAUAUAUUUCCAGUGUAAAAUGUGGCAUUUGAAUAUAAACAUUAUUUUAUUUGUAACAUACCCUUUGAAUGUGCUAUUUGUUAAAAACAUACGUUAUUAAAAAAAACUAAGUAUAGGGUCUCGACAAUUACAUAAUUGGAUGCUGCAAAAUGAUUUUUUAACAUCAAAUUACAAAUAUUUUUACAACACUUUGCUAAUUGGAAGACAACUUAAGAACGAAGGGGUUAAAAAACUGCUUUUUAAGACAGCCUGAAUAAAUAAUAUUGUAUUUAUAGAUAAAGUGUUUACUAAUUAUUUUAUUUAACUCUAAAAAAUAAACAUACACGUAAAACAAA